ACCAGUGAGGGAAAAAACAAGCGAGAGACAUUUGCUCUGUUUCUCACUUUCACCUCCAAAUCUUUUGGCCAUGGCGGCGGCAGCAGAUGCAGCAGUUUUCACCUCGACCCGUACAUUCCUCUCUUCUCAAAAUCAGUCUCGCUCCCCAUGUAUCCCGUCACGGACGAUUAUCAAUUUACGUCAAAAUCCCGCGAUGCCCAUUACCUGUCCGAUGAAAAGCCCCUUCAAACACAUCUCUACGCAUUCGUCUCCAAAAUCUCCUAUUAUCCCUCUCUCCGCCACCACUGCGAGUUCUUCCAGCACAUCUCCUACAACCACCACUAAUUUCCACGGUCUCUGCGACGUCGUGGGCGACAGCAUCGACACCGACCAAAUCAUCCCGGCCGAAUACCUCACCCUCGUCCCCUCCAACCCUGAUGAAUACCGCAAGCUCGGCUCUUACGCCAUGAUCGGCCUUCCCUCUACUUACCCAGUUCGCUUCGUGGAGCCAGGGGAGUUCCACUCUAAGUACUCGAUUAUUAUUGCCGGCGACAAUUUCGGAUGUGGGUCAUCACGGGAGCACGCCCCUGUUGCGCUUGGGGCUUCUGGUGUUAAGUCUGUUGUGGCAGAGUCAUAUGCGAGGAUAUUCUUUAGGAAUUCGGUUGCUACAGGGGAGGUUUAUCCAUUGGAAUCAGAGGUUAGGUUGUGUGAGGAAUGCUCAACUGGGGAUGUUGUCACUGUUGAACUUGCUGAGGGCCGGUUAAUUAAUCACACGACUGGGAAGGAGUACAAGUUGAAGCCUAUUGGAGAUGCUGGACCUGUUAUUGAAGCUGGAGGGAUUUUUGCGUAUGCAAGGAAGGCUGAGAUGAUCCCAUCGUUGUAGAUUUCGACCUGAAAUUUGGGUUUGGAAUUACAAGACUCUCAGAUUCAUGAAUGUAUAAGCAUUGAUGGUGGAUUAAGUCGUUUUCUUUCAAAACCCUUGGAUUGAGAACCUCUCCUCACCUUGAUAUUCGUAGUGGAGUUGCUUUCUUUUUAUGGAAAAGUAAUAAAAGAGUGUUCAGCUUGGGUAAUGCUAUGCUUUGUUCUUCCAGUUCAUGGAUUUUCCAGUUCUAAAUGUUUUGAUCUUAUGUUUUGAACGAUGAGAUGUAUUUGUUGCACUUGAUUUAACUUUGAGUGGUAAUAAAAUAUGAGGUUUCUAUAGAACAGGCUUGAUUUUUCGGAUACUA